UGUUUCAUAAAAUAAUAUACUGCAAAUUAAUAUGUAAUCUUAUGUGUAAAUUUUAUUGUAGUUUAUUAGGUGCGUAUGGUAUUUCUUUCUGUUCAAAAUAUUGGAUUACGUCGAAACGGGCAUAUUCAUAUUAAGGAAGAAGAAUAAUCAAGUGUCCGCAUUACAUUUGUACCACCAUGUAUCUACCUUGAUUUUUACAUGGUUAGCUAUAAGAUAUUACGCCGUUGCUCCCAUGGUAUUUCUAGCCUUAAUUAACAGCUUUAUACAUACGAUAAUGUACACGUACUAUUUCCUAGCGGCUUGCGGUCCGAACAUUCAAAAAGCUAUUGCACCUAUGAAACCAUGGAUAACUAUAUCACAAAUGAUACAAUUUGUCGUGCUGCUGUUGUAUGUGUCGCAACAACACAUUCUAGGCUGCAAAGUUGUAAAUAAUUGGACUAUCAUAACA